CGCAAUUCUAUUAUAAAAAUAAACCUCAUUUUGGCCACAACCUUUGUCUAUAUAUACAUUUUUAGCCUCCGCCUCUCUCUCAUCAAACCACAGGACUCUCACAAAUUUAAAAGCUACACCUCUCUACUACACCUUUGUAAUUUCUCUCUAUCUCCAAAAAAAUGGCAGAAACAGCAACAUCAUCUUCACUGAAACGCCAAAGAGACGAGCAAGAACAAAAAACCAUACCCCAAGAAGAUACAAAAAAACAAAAGCCUUCUUCAUUUUCUAACUCCUCGUACAAUCAAGAUCAAUGUCUCUUAGAUGUUGUGGAAGCACAAAAUGAAGAAGACAAUGAUUUAACUUCCCUAAUCACCACACUGCAGCAAGAACUCUCUACGGAAGAGCAAAACGCUACCGUCUUUGAUAUUCCUGCUAUCUCUUCUUCUUCUUGCUCCUCCUCGUCGUCUUCAUGCGGUUCAAAGGAUGAAGAAUAUGAAAGCGACAAGGAGAAGGUGAUGAAGCAUCUUUUAGAAGCUUCGGACGACGAACUCGGGAUACCUAACACUGAAUUUGGCGAGAGUAAUUAUGAGAUGAUUAAGAAUGAGAGUAAUCAGGAUUACGUUAAUGGGUUUAGUUUAUUAGAUGGUUUUGGAGAUGGGUUUUGGGAGCUUGAGGAUGAAGUUGCUAACUAUUACACGUUGCUGCAGUCAGAACUGUUCAUGUAGAAGUCCAUAUAACAGUAAAAAUAGGGUAACAAGAACAAGAGAGGAUGGGUAAAAAGGAGAGAGUAAAACCAAAUAUAUGAAUGAAAGAAAAAAAUUGAAUAUUUUCUUUAAUUUUCAUUGUUGGGUUUCUUUUUUUCAUGUGAAUUGACGACAGGUGUCCUCUUUUAUUUGUUUUAGCUAUUAUGCUUUUAUUUCUUUCAUUAAUGUGUUUAUUAAAUUUCUAGUGGGACUAAUGAUAUUGAUACUAUUUUGUUGUUUUUGUCUUUAAAUUGUUUGUUACGUUAUUAAAGACAUACUCCGUGUAUUAAUCGACUACAAAAUACAAAUCUAAUUCAAG